AUGUGGAUCUCUCUUUCUGCCACUCUUUCCUGGGUAUAUAUCCUUUCCUAUUUUGUCCUCAUCCUAUCCAGUUCCCACGCCCACUGGGACCAUGCUGCCCAUCAUCAAGCGUUUAUCUCCCCUCGGGGAGAGGCGGCUGUUUUGCCCCAAAUCCAGAUUGCAACCGCCCAUCAGAUAGUCAGAGAGGCCGUUGCGGAAAUGACCAAGCGGAAUCAAGCCCGUCUUGCCCACCCGUCACGUAACAACUACUCUAUGAAGCCAGGGACAAAGCUAGGUAAGCAUGACAACAUGGCUGCACCGCCGCCUCUACUCAAUAUCACCAACCAGAUUGCCCGCGCGGCAGCGCUAGUAGCCAAGCUCAAAGCAGGUGGCUUAGCUGGUAGAAACUACACCAAGUUAUACCAGAGGGCGGGAACAUUCUGGAUGGAGGGGAUUGAGCAAAAGGGUGCCAUCCUGGCUGAUCCCACAGGUCAAAGAGAUUCUACAGCAGCAAUCCAAAGGGCCAUCGAUGACGGCAAGCAAUGUGGCGCCGCUUGCAAUGGGGCCACUACCAAAAAUGCCAUUAUAUAUUUCCCCCCAGAACAUACCUUAUCCACCUCGAGCUUUGUCAGUCUCGGAGUCUUGUCCACAGACGUCUAUGUUAAUAACAGUGGAGACGGGCCCGAUGGCAAUGCGCUGGAGUGGUAUAUCAACACUGCGCGGUUUUAUAGCCAGAUUCGCAAUUUGAAGAUUGAUAUCACAGCAAGCAAUCCAGGUGCCUAUAUGGUUGCACUCCACUAUCAGGUGGCCCAGGCGACAACAAUUAAGAAUGUUAAGAUCAUCACAGAUUCUGCCAUGACUCAGCAAGGCAUGUACGCAGAGAAUGGUAGCAGGGGCGUCAUGUUAGACAUCACUUUCACCAGCAGCAACUUCAGGAUUUAUGGAGGCAGUCAGCAGUUUAGUGUCACGCAGUUGACCUUUAAUAGCUGCAAUACUGCAGUCAAAAAGAGCAUCAUGGUCAAGAACGCCAAAGUUGGAUUCCGACUAUACAACGAUGCCAACGGGCAGAUCCCAGGCUCAGUAACCAUUAUUAACUCAGUCUUCUCCAGUACCAAGUCUUUUGCAAUUAAGAUGGCCAUCCCAGUUAACUAUAAUAGUGACAACCUGAUCCUCUUUUCCGGAUAUUACAAGAGCUAUGUGAUGGGGGCAACGUAUAAGGAAAACAAACGGUCCUGGACCAACGGGUCAAAGGACUAUGACCAAGAACCCUCUCUCCUGGGACCAUCUGUCGCGGGACUCGAUGUGGCUCCUUACUUUGAACGUCCCAGGAACCAGUACGCUGACAAAACCGCAGUAGACUUUGUUCAUCUCAAGGAUGAAGGUGCUGCUGGCGACGGCUCGACGGACGACACGGACGCUGUUCAGAAUGCCUUCAAUAAAUAUGGCGAUGGCAGCAAGAUCAUCUUGGUAGAUGCCGGCACCUACAUCAUCAAACGCACCGUUACUGUUCCCAAGAAUGUGAAGAUCAUCGAUGAGACCUGGUCGCAGUUUGCAGCAUCAGGAGGUUACUUUGGCGAUGCCAGCAAGCCCGCGGUCAUGCUCAGGGUCGGCAACGAGGGGGAGGUCGGCAAUGUCGAGCUACAAGAUCUCAUCUUGACAAGCAAAGGUCCGACCCCGGGAGUUAUCCUGAUGGAGUGGAACGUCGCCGCAGAAAGCGCAGGCUCGGCCGCGCUGUGGGAUGUCCACGUACGGCUGGGGGGUGCAACGGGGACCGAGUUGAUGCCGACAGAGUGUCCUCCGAUCACCACUGGGACCAAUCCAUCUUCAUGUCAAGUGGCUAGCAUGCUCCUACACGUCACCAAGCGGGCUUCGGGCUAUUUUGACAACAUGUGGCUUUGGGUGGCAGACCACAUGAUUGACGAUCCGUUGCUCGAUGACCCAUUGAACAACAUGGAACAGCUCUCCGUGUACAGUGCACGGGGCAUGCUGAUCGAAAGCCAAAAGGCCACAUGGCUGUACGGGACAGCUUCGGAGCAUAGCGUCUUCUACCAGUACAACUUCAAUGGCGCCCAAAACAUCUUCACCACGUUCUUGCAGACCGAAUCACCUUACUACCAGCCGACGCCGAAGCCCCCUGCACCAUUCGACCAGGUGGUCGGCACCUUUGACAGCGAUCCCAAGUACGGCUGCGAUGGCAGCGAUGCGGACGGCUGCGAUGCCUCGUGGGCUGUCAUCAUGAAAAACUGCCAAAAUGUCCAUAUCGGGUCUGCGGGCACGUACUCUUGGUUCCGCACGUACACGCAAGACUGCAUCGACGUCCACGGUUGCCAGAAGGCGCUGUGGCUUCUCGGCAGCAACUACGAUAACAAUCGAUUACAACAUGUGAUUGGGACCGGCGCGAAGAAUAUCAUCGUCUCUCCGGACGGGACCACAAUCACAUCUGCAGCAAACCUCGCGGUCUCGAGCCACCCGAGUUGGGCGCACAUCUCACUGUAUGAGCUGCCAUCCAUUGGCGCGGCGCCCAAGCCUGGCGACGGGGGAGAUGACCAGUGUUCAAAUGCGGCCCGUCAAUAUAGCAGUGAAUACGUGCCACCCGGGGAGAUUGAGCUAUGGUCAAACGAUGGUACCGUGCUAAAUCAUGCCGACGACACAGACGGUCAGCAGUCUGUGACGAUUGUCAAUUUAACCCCCUACAAAUUCAUCCAUACGGCGGGCCCCGAACCCUACCAGUUCUCGACCUGGCAGUUUGGCGACGUGCCCUCGGGGCGGGCGUUGAAGAACAACGUCACGUACGAUCUGGGCCUCAAGAACACCGACAAGACCUUUGCCGUGCACGUUACCACGCACAUCCCGGACAGCUACGAGCGCCGCGUGGUCUUUGACCUCGGCGGCAUGGGCCUGGGCUGGCGCGAGCUCGGAUUCCCUGGUGAGCGGGUCAGCGUGGCACUGGUCAUCAGCGGCAGUGAGGAGUACGGCUAUGUCACCUCGCUGCAACUCAACAACGCCGACUGGAUGAACCGCAUGUAUGCGAUCAUCAAGGAUCGCGAACUGCGUCACGUCGUCGUCCCUGGUUCGCACGACGCCGGGAUGAGCAGCAUCACCAACUCGGGGUGGAACGGACUCGGCACUGCCUCGAACACCGAGACGCAGAGCCUGGACCACUACAACCAGCUGCGGGUCGGCGUUCGGUACUUUGACAUGAGGAUCGUCAGCAUCGACGGGUUUGCCAGCUUUUGGGCAGCGCAUUCUCUGGACAGCCUGAUUGCGGGGGUCAAUCGAUUUACCACCGACUACACCGGGGAGGUCAUGGUCUGGUGGGUGAGAUACAUGACCAACCUGGACAAUGGUGACCUCACCCAGGCGAAUCGGUACUGGAGCGCCGCGCUCGCCAACGCGUUUUACGAUAAGCUCGAAGGGAUCAACAACCGCUGCCCGGAACCGAGCGACGGCGGGAAAUUCAAUCGGCAACCGCUGCAUACCUUUCUAGAUGCAAAGGACGGCCGGGGUUGCGUGCUCAUUAUCAUCGAUGGCACAUUGAACGCUGGGAUCCCCAAGGGCCGCGCGGAGUCCAGAAUCUACAACACCACCUCCUUUGACCGCGACGACUAUUGGGCCCAGGAGCAGUACACGCAGCAAAACGCCGACAAGCAGAUCGCCCACAUGAAGAGCAUCGCCCGCGAUGGGGGAACGGGCGAUUCCUACUACAUUAUGCAGUGGCAGUGCACUCCGAGCGCCCUGGAUGUCGCCAUUCCGCCCCCAACGCUGCAACUGAUCGCCAACCAGGAGACUAACCCGGCGCUCUAUCACUACGGCCUGAAUGCCAUCUCCCCGGACAAGUUUCCCACGGUGAUCCUGCAUGACGCUGUCGGACUCUUCCACGUGAGCGAUCUCAGCGCCGAGAGUUACAACCCCAUGAUGCAGACCUUGGCUGUUGGGCUGAACUUGUACAUGGUGAGCCAGAACUGCGAUGUCAACGGGGGCCAGAAUCCGCUCGCCCAGCACGCCACAAACACGCGGAUGAUGCUUUCAGUGGGAGGGGACCGCGGGGCUGGGUUCAGCACCUUCUCGGGGGUCAUCUUUGCCAAUGGCACUGUACUGGAGACACCACCGCCGGACUUUUGUCGCACAUGUACCUUCAACGAUACCGGCAGUAUUGAUCAUCCCCCGCCGACUUUCAAUGCCACCAGCGUCAAGCUUCGAUGAGGUCGGUACAUUGUCUUCUGCUCAAUAUUGAAGCCGGGUCUGGUAUUGUAUACCAGCAUCGCACACAUUCCCACCCAUGGGUGUCGAACAUUUAAGAAAAGAUAGCACUGUUAUGAACAUAGCAGUCGCCGGCGGCCAUCUGCGGGUUGCGGAACUAUAAAUUUCAAGCCGAAUCUUCUAUAUCAAAC